UUUUUCAACAAACUCAUGUAAAGCCUUAAUAAAUGUUCAAAUUCGGCCUUGCUGUUGCUUUUGUAUAGUCUCCUUCUUUUUCUAACAACAAGUUUCAUAAGACUCAACAAUGUCUAUUGAAUAAGCAGUUUUAGCGCGUUGAACGAGCAGUUGAUACUCGAUUAGAAUUACGAAGGUGCCGGUGAAUAGGUGACAUUGGAUUUAUUUAAGUGCAGAUAUAAGACAAACUAACUAAAAAUGACACCAGAUGUUCCAGAUAGAAUUGCUGAAGUUUUUAAGGGUAGUACCAUAUUCCUAACUGGUGCUACAGGAUUAGUGGGUAAAGCGCUCAUAGAAAAGAUUCUGAAGUUAUGUGAUGUUAACAAAAUAUAUCUUUUAAUACGAGACAAGAAAGGAAAGACACCAAAUGAAAGGAUAAAAGACAUAUUUAGUAAUCCACUCUAUCAAACUGUCCUGGCACGAAAACCAGAUUGUCAAAAAAAAUGUAUACCAAUUCCUGGAGAUGUUUCACUAGUCAAUUUGGGAAUAUCAGACGAAAACAGAAAAAUGUUAAUGGACGAAGUAGAUUUCAUAAUUCACAGCGCUGCAACCGUAAGAUUUGAUGAUUCUUUGAAGUACGCAGUGACAGUCAACACGAGAGGAACAAAAUUUAUGCUUGACCUUGCAGAAGGAUGUUCAAAAUUGAAGUUAUUUAUUCACGUAUCAACAGCCUAUGCUUUUCCAAAUAACAAAGACGGCAUUACAUUUGAGAAGGAGUAUCCUCCUCCAGCGAAUCCGCAUGAAGUUCUAAGCAGUAUAAACUGGCUCAAAGAAGAUGAUUUGACUGAUGCUUUAACAAAAAAGUUAUUAGGCGAUAUUCCCAACACCUACACAUUUUCAAAAGCUCUAUCGGAAUCUUUGGUAUACGAAAAGGCUAAAAAGUUGCCUAUUAUUAUUUGCAGACCUGCUAUAGUAAUUCCGGCAUUUAAAGAUCCAAUACCUGGAUGGACAAACAACCUUCAAGGACCUGCUGGUAUAUUCGUCGGAGCAGGAAAAGGUGUAAUCAGAACUGUAUAUAUGAAUUGUGACAGUUAUGCAAAUUUUGCUCCCAUCGAUUGUACGGUUAGUGCUAUUAUGAUGUACGCAUGGCACUAUCUUACCACUAAGGAUCCUCAGUACAUUUACAACCUAUGCAUGCCUCAAAGUGAUUUACAAGUCACUUGGGUAGAAGUUCUUGACACAGCUAGAGAUGUAAUCUAUAACGAAGUACCAUUUAAUUUAAUGCUGUGGUAUCCCGAUGGUUCGAUCACCCAAAGUAGAUUGUAUAACAAAAUCAACACAGUUUUAUUUCAACUAUUACCGGCUCUGAUUAUCGACUUGAUCCUCUUAAUAGCAGGACAAAAACCACAAUUUUUAGCGAUUCAAAAUAGAAUUUUAAAAGGAAUAGAAAUGUAUGAAUUUUACAUAACAAAAAAAUGGAAUUUUGAAACUACGAGUUUAGAACAAAUAAGAACUGGAUUAAAUGCAACUGAAAAAGAAAACUAUCAAGUUCAGUCUGACGAAAAAGACGUGAGAAAAUUUUUAAGGGACUGUAUGUUUUAUCUAAGAAGGCACUUCUUCAAAGAGACGGACGAUAUGUUACCGGCGGCUAGAAGAAAUAUGAAGAUAUUGUACUGUCUUGAUCGCUUUGUCAAGGCUUUAGUAAUUGGAUUUAUAGUAUAUUACUUGUAUAAAACCUUCUUCCUUAGAAGUUUACAUGCAUGAUUAAAAAUAAAAAGAACAUGUAAAAUAUUAUGUUUAAAAAAAAUUAUAUUUAUGUUUAUUGUAUACUGGAUGGUUACCAAAAACUCAUUGACAGAUUAAUAUCAAAUCCGAUAUUUGUAUAUUGUUCUAAAAUGUCUGUACAAAUAAAAAUAUAAAGUAUAAGAAAAAAA